GUAACGGUGCAGACUGCCAGAAGAGUAGAGACAUCAGUACUAACGUUACGUUUAACAUACGUAGCGUAUUAAAUGAACUGCAUUAAUUUCCUAUCGUUUAUGUCCCCGGUUUCUUUUCAUGAGAUUUUGUUUAUGGAAUUUUAUGAUUCCGUGUAUCCGCUUGCUCAUCAUGCUCGUUUAAUUUUGAACGCGCUGCAAAAAAACGGACGAAGUCAACAGCAAUAAGUGCCAAUAACUUCCCAACCGGAUGUUGCGCGUACAAACGUUUGUCACGCCAUCGAAUUGCCCGAAUCCCAAAAUUCCCGUGUGGAGCCUUCUUCAUUAAAGCAACACUGAGAAACGGAAAUCGCAGCCAUAACUUGAGGUCCUAGAACAUCACUGGUGCCGUAUGAACAGUGACAAUAUGCAUUGUACUGGGAAUGGCGGAGAUUCCCCUGCACAACCGCCGUUCGUAAGCAGCCAAGCCGAAAUCCGGGGAGCGCAAAUCUUGAAUGCAAUCUUGUUGCUGGCGAAACACCUCUCCCCCGUUCCGGAAACAAGCCCAGGGCAAUGCAACAUCGUGCUAGUGCCAGACCAGCCAGUCGAGUUGCCAUUGCAACCAGAUGUGGCGCCAGAAGGGAAGGAUCAUGGCGAUUACGAUGCCCGCUCAGCAGAGGUUGUUAGAGCCAAGGUUGCAGAUUCCAGUACUCGGGACACGUCCGACCUCACCCCGAAAGAAAAGCAGGAAAUCGUGGACUUAUUCGAUAACGGUCGCACUUGUUCCGACCUCAUGAUAAAAUUCAGUUUGUCCCGCUACUCCAUUCAGCAAGUGCUGCGCGCAGCCGGGAGACUGAAAAUCUUUCGCAAUUUGUAUCGAAAGAGGUACGACUUGUUGCGGCUAAUAGUUCUAAGGUGGCUGGAGCAGGGCUGGUCUGUGCGAAAAAUACUGCGCUACGCUAAAAUUUCAAGGCAUUUGGUGGAAAAAGUAAUAAAAGAUGCCGGUUUACCUUUUAAAAAACCACUCCGUCGGUCAGUAUCUAUCCAUGUUGCUGCGUCAGCCAGAUCUUCGUCGAAAUCCACAGUCCAGCUUGAUCGCAACGUCGUUAAGAUGACGAAGCUGGAUGCUCUUUUGCUCAGUUCAUGUUCGAAUAAGAGUAAACUUCCAGAGAUCGAGCGUCAGCUUGAUCAAACCGGACACGAAAAUGUACCAUCGCAGAAGUGCGAAAGUGAGUUAAGUGCCGGCGCCGGCUUUUCUCUGGAUGACCGGAAGUGUGAUAAGAUAUGCGCGGACACAGAACAUGCGGAGAUCAGCCAGCCAGAAACCGAAAUCAUCAAAAAACGAGGCGCGCCCACAAAUCACAAGAAAACGGAGGAUGGGGAAGUCGGCUUCAAAAUAGGCAUCACAUCCGAGCAAUAUUCUUCCGGCCAAAGAAAAAAGGAAGAAGAACGUACAACAUGUUCCAGUAUUUCGCCGAAUAGAUGGGAGGAAACUGUUUCCGCAAUGCCGGUGUUUCAGUCCAAAAAUGCCACCAAGGGUUUUUGUAGCGAAAAGUUUCAGUGCCAGAUCUGCCGUUUGUCCUGGAGCGAAGAGAAAAAAUUCUUAUUACAUUUUGCCGGCAAGGAGCAUGAACAAUUAUAUACCGCCCGGAUUUUCCUGUACUGUACAGCAUGUCAGUUCAAAAGUCGAAAACCGGCCAAGAUGGGCAGACACAUUAUAAAAUACCAGUCGGAAAAUCUACGGAACAACGCCAACAUGCAUUCUGUUAAAUCUGUCCCCUGAAUUGUUGAUAUUAUAUUCUGUACGUUUUCUUCAUUUGCUAGCUGUGAGAUUCUAUUGUGAUUUACGGACCAAAUUAUAAAAUUAGGUGAGACGGUGAUUUCAAUUUUUCAUUAAAAUUAACGUUCAGAAUUUUGCAAAGGUUGCUUCUUACUGUGAAGAUCUUUUGGAAUUCAAGUUACAAGUUGCGGAUUAUUUGUUGGCGUCUAAUUUCCCUACGCCGACCAAAUCGGGGUCAAAACCCUCUUGGUCUGAAGGGUGGCCUGUUGGAUGUAAACGUGGCUUGAGGCAGCGCCGCAGAAGGGGCCUUCAGCACACGCUUCAGGUUUGCCGUUUACGGCAGACCUGGUCCUUCAGGUAUCCAGCACCGACUCCUAUCAAUCAGGUCAGUCAAACUCCUGCUACACGUACCUGAUGGCUAUUGACAAAGAGCCGUGUCCCUACUGUACGAGACCUUUUUGUAAAGGUGCUGGAAUGGCAGCCCAUCAGAAGGCCUGUAAAUCGCGUCCCAGAGAUCCUGGCCUCCAACCUUCUACUGUCACCGCUAGCAAUUCUUCUGGAGCCGCGCCAACGCCGCCUACGGCGACAGGCACCUUUCGCCCGUCGAAGGAGCGGAUUAUGCGUCGUAUCCCUCACGGUGCAAGACCAGCAACAAGAACCUCUCUGUCGAAAGUUCUUGAACAGAUCUCCGCCACCAACAGCUGUGAAUCCUGGAGCAGGUUGUUAUCUUUUGCUCCCACCGCUCUCCGGCUCCCCGUUAAGAGCAAACCCGGACACACAACGUCUCUUGCGUCCGCCGUCAAGCAGAACCUACGGCAUUUCGACAAUAACACCACAGCGCCCUCUGUACAAAAGCCGCCAGCAACGAAAAAACGGACCGAGCAGGAAGACCUUGCCCGUAGAGUGGGACAGAAGAUCGACGACGGCUCACUCUCGGGAGCGAUGAGAAUCGUGAUGUCCUCAGAUGCCAUUGUUGAACCCAGUCCCGAUGUUCUGCAAGAACUACGAGAGAAGCGCCCCCAGAGCGCCCCUCCUGUGUUGGUUCGCCUCGACCCGCCUCCACCAGCCGCUGCCCGCAUUACCCGUGAGGAAGUUUUCGCAGCUAUCCAUAGCUUCCCAAAGGGAUCAGCAGCAGGGCCGGACGGCUUAAGACCGCAGCACCUUUUAGAUAUGGCUGGAUCGAAAUUGGACGACCAAUCAGGACCAUUCUGCGAUGCACUUGCUGCUGUAUUAAACAUCAUCAUCGAUGGUAAGGUGCCUGCAGACACGCGCCCCGUACUCUUCGGAGGGAAACUUAUCGCCUUGCGGAAGAAGGACGGCGGUCUGCGCCCUAUUGCGAUUGGUCUGACCAUCCGCCGGCUGGCUGCCAAGAUCAUCUGCGCGCGUUUAACGGACCGAACAGCCGCCAUCUUGUCUCCACAGCAGCUGGGGUUAACAGCAUGCGUGUCUGCGGGUGUGCCAGCAAAGUUAGAGCCGCGCGACAUCUCCUACAACGGAACGCCGCCCAGAUGGCUGUACGACAUUCGCCUGGAAACGGAAUGUAGUCAGCAUGGCUAUGUGUCACCACGGAUUGUCAUGCGCGUUUUCCGCGGGGCAUCCACGUCGGUGGAUUAA